GAUGACCAGAGACUGCGGACACAGUACAGGAGAUGACCAGAGACUGCGGACACAGUACAGGGAUGACCAGUGACUGCGGACAGUACAGGGAUGACCAGAGACUGCGGACACAGUACAGGAGAUGACCAGAGACUGCGGACACAGUACAGGGAUGACCAGAGACUGCGGACACAGUACAGGGAUGACCAGAGACUGCGGACAGUACAGGGAUGACCAGAGACUGCGGACAGUACAGGAGAUGACCAGAGACUGCGGACAGUACAGGGAUGACCAGAGACUGCGGACAGUACAGGAGAUGACCAGAGACUGCGGACAG